AUGUUAGUUCCUCCAGCGAAUUUCGGGAUUCCCGAGGAAGGUAUCUAUCGAUGCAGUAAACUUGAGACCAUUAACCUAUCAUUUUUGGAGACUUUGAAUUUAAAUACGAUCAUAUUCAUCGGUGGUCAAAUCCCGAGUAAUUUCUUCAAAGAGUUCUUCGCCACUAACGGCAUAGAUUACUUUGUCAUUAAGACCUCUGGUGAUUCGAGUUCUUUGGUAGCCCCAGAUCACAAAAAGCGUCAAUCUUCUGCGAAUCAUGGUGAGACGAGACGGAAGAGUCUUUGUGAUAACUGUCACUACAGUUACACACUCACGGACCAAGACGAUUUGAUGCUAAUCAAGAGUCAGAGCAUCCGGCGAAUAUUCCGGAUACUGUUAGAUGUCUCGUACCAUAACGUAUUGUUAGUGGAUAAGACGUCCGCUGUGAUUGGAAUAUUGAGAAAGAUUCAGAAAUGGGAACUAUCCUCGAUAAUCAGCGAGUACAGGCUAUUCACAGGGAAGAACAAGAACUACUUUGCAGAGACGUUUUUGGAAUUGAUAGAUAUACGGCUAAUACAAGAAGAAGAGCAACCAAACCAGCAGGAAUCCCACGAUACAGAUUCUUCCACCGUGACUUCCCGGAUGGAUAAUCUUUCAGUGGAAGAAAAGCAACAGCAAGAACAGCAACAAAUACAAACUGUGCAAGAAUCUGAUCUAUCCAUGCCUCCGGAGUUACCUCAGCACAUGAUGAGCAUGAUCCAUACGAUGGAACUGAAACCAGAAGAGGAUGCAAAGGAACAUGAGCUUCCGAUAAAACACUCCAGGUCUGCAUUAGGCAUUUUCGGAAACAGAUAUCGUUUGGCAUUCAACAAGAGAGAACGCAAUGAGUACACCUACUAUCAGGCAUCGAACGUUAAAAACGCAUUUUCAAUCGGAGUCCCCACUGAAGAGGCAUUGCCGAACUGGUUCAAGUUCCAAAGAGACAUUUGGGAUCAACAGCAUGCCGUUGAAGAACACAAUCACUACAAAGAGAGUAUAUUUAUAUGA